AUGGAGCGGUCGUUGCACUCGCGCAACGUUGGGCGCGCGCAUUCGCACGCGCGCAUCAGUUGGCAGAAGCCCGGGGCGAAAAGUAUUGACCACGCCACGACUGAUUCGUGGGCGUUCAAGAACACCCGCCCCCGCGUCGACGUCAACAGCGAGAUGCGCGGGCCGCGCCGCUGGCUCGAGGCGACGCAGCGGGGCCACGUCUACUGCUCCGUGCACAAGGAGGGCGCCGUGUACACGGACACGAACUACCCCCCGCGGCAGGGGUUGUGGGCCCCUGAGCCAGGGUGGGUGGUGAGCCUCUACAAGCAGCACAAGCUCGGCCACGAUGCGCACCUGCGGCUCUCGGCGAAGCUGCGGGGCGGCCACGACAGGAGGAUGGCUUCGGUGGGCGCCGCGGAAAAGUCCGAGGCCGCUCUGGCCUUCGAAGCGGAGCGCGCGUGGGCAAGGGAGCAAGUGAAAUUGAAGGCGCUCGCAUUCAAGCCGCUGCCGCCCGAGAUUGAGCUGUGGAAGAUGAGCUACGGGGGGGUUGAGGAGCGCUACGAGAUGCUUGUGCUCCAUGGCCCAUCUCGAACGGGCAAGUCCCGCCUGGCCCGUGCCCUCUUCGGGGCAGACCGCACCAUGGUCGUGGACGUCCAACGCGCAGACCACCCUGACAUGCACGGGCACGAGCGGCACCGCCAUCUCGCCGUCCUCGUGGACGAGGCGCACGUGGACGGUGCGAUUCUGGGCCAAUCGGCUACGCAGUUGCACACGCACGAGGUUUUCCUGUGGCGCACUCCGAUCACCAUCACCACGAACAAUUGGGACUUGUCGACAUUGACAGUGGCAGAGAUCGAUUGGAUCGCGAGCAAUUGUGUGUCGGUUUACAUCGGCAAGCCCGUGUGCGCCGCAGCCAAGGCGCCCCCCUGCGACCGCUCGCCCAGCCAGAGGCGCCCCGUGGCCGAGCGCACGCCGCCUGCGUCUCCAUGGCAGAAGCGGCGCCACUGCGCCGGCGCUUUCGCCAGCCCGAUGUCGGGCCCUAUUGGCCAGGGCACCCGCCGUCAGUUCUGGCUGUCGGCCCCCGCCGGCCGCCUCAGCCCAUGGGGGGUCGCCAAGGCGCUCGGCCUUCGCGAAGCGAGCGAGGAGGUGCACGGGGGCCAGCCGAACAUGGAGCGGGUCGCCGCGCGGCUGACGAAGUCAGGCGGAGGCGCGCCCACCAGGGCUGCGGCGCACGCGCUUUUCACUAGGAUCGAUAGCGAUCCGGGGUGGUUCCCCGGGAAGCGCUCGGGCGCGAAGCGGGGCCCGAAGCCGUUGCUCACGGCGGCCCAGCGCCGCUGCGUAGCCGCCUCGGCGAAGGCGGCGAAGAAGCGCGACCAGGAGCCCUGCGUCGCUGCGGCGGUCAACGCCUGCCCCGCGGCGACGCUGAACCCGGGGGCGGGCAAGCCCUUCUGCGACAAGAAGAUGCGAGAAUUGUUCACGAACGAUUGCUAUGACUUCGACCCGGAGUACCCAUGGAAAUUCCAGCGCGCAAUGCAGAAAGUCUUCCUGCCGAAGGCCGUCAAGCAUGACCAGAUGCGCCAGGCGUUCAAGGGCAGCAGGAGGUACAUCUCGGACGACGCGAAGAUGUACUCCCCGAACUUGCUUGGCCCCCCGACGGCGCUGAAGCAGCGGCAGUGGGAUGGCGCCAAGGUGAACUGGUUCACGGUGCUUGCGCGCGGCGUGGUGCACGUGGAGGUCAUGCCUGCGGACUGGAAGUUCAACGGGAAAGGCGUGGCCCUCUUUGUCGAGAGGCUCCCAGGAAUUCUCCGCAAGAUGCUGGGCGCUGGCGCGCGGCUGCCGCGCCAUGCGUUUACCGACCGCGGCGCAGGCAUGUACAGACAGGUGGGCAAGGUCGUCAACGAGCGCGCGGAGGCCAUGGAGGCCGCUACCAUGCACCUGUAUUUGGGGAGGGACGCGGCCAGACAGUCGCCCGACGUGGGCGAUGUGCUCCUGCAUGAGACCGCAGUGGCAUGGUUCCGCAAGCAAAUGCGGAACGAGGGCCCAAAUGGUUUGCCGUGGCAUGAGACCACGGAGCAAUGGGCGAGGCGCGCUCGCCGCGUAGUCGCAGCCAUGAACCAGGAGUAUGAUGUCUCCGGGCUCUGCGCCUCGAAGACGUCGUGGCGCGGGAGGGCGACCGCCUCCCGAAAUAAGGAGCCGCGCAUGUUAAUUAAUGAAUGA